AUGUGUACGUCAGUGAACAUAGUUAAUUAUCAAGUAAGAGUCUUAGUCGAAGUUUGCAUUAAAGAUGAAGGGUUUUGGGGCUCGUACUUCAAGGCCAAAAUUGUUGUAUGCCUUGAGAAUGGGAAAUAUGUGGUUCGUUACAAGGACCUUCUUGAGGAAGACAAAUUUGGACCUCUCGAGGAGACACUUUUAUCAAAGGACCUUCGUCCAAUGCCUCCAUGUGUCCAAAAUCCUCCCAAGUUCCAACUCAACCAAAAAGUUGAUGUUUUUUGCAAAGAUGGAUGGUGGUUAGGGAAAAUCAUUGGCAAGAAGGAAUUCAGGAAAAAGAAGUAUAAAAUUAGUGUGUACUUUCCCACUAUUCCUCGAAAGAGGUUAUGUUGUUGUGAUCAGAUCCGAGUUCAUCAUGAGUUGUCUGGAGGAGAAUGGAUCACCAAACCUUAA